AUGAUAUUUUCAGCUGAUUUUGAAAAUAUCGAAACGACGCUUACUUGGAAUAAUCUGACGGUGACUGUGUCUGAGAAAAGAAAUUUCUCGCAAAGUGUGUGGGGAAAUUGUAGGAGAAGACAGUUCAAAGAAUCUUCGACCAUUUUGAAAGGAGUGUCUGGUUGUGCUGUGACGGGGAACCUAAUCGCCAUAAUGGGACCGAGCGGCGCAGGGAAAACGACGUUUCUGGCCGCCCUAGCAGGAAGAACCACGCCAACAGCUGGUUCAGUGAAAAUAAACGAUGAAAUUCUUCCACGAGAUGCCAUAUCCAAAAUAUCCAGUUAUUUGCCCCAAUUUGACGCGCUGCCAAAUUCCCUAACCGUCGAGGAACACUUGUUGUUCUCGUACGCGUUGAAGAUGAACGUGGGCAAGAGACAAAGAAGAUAUUUGUCGACGAAAUUGUUGACGGAAUUGGGUCUGAUCGAUUGUAAGGAAGUGUGGAUAUCGAAGCUGUCCGGUGGACAGAGGAAACGACUUUCGUUGGCCAGCGAGUUGAUUACCAGACCAAAGAUACUUUUCCUCGACGAGCCAACCACGGGAUUGGACACGUUUUCUGCGCUGCAAGUGGUGCAGACACUGAGAACGAUAAGUGUAGAAACCAUAGUCCUUUGCACUAUUCACCAGCCUGGAAUGGAUAUAUACAAUUUUUUCACUCAUGUUUUACUACUGUCUGAUGGAAGAACAGCUUAUUUCGGUACUCUGGAGGAUGCUACGAAAUUUUUCUCAAGUCUAGGUUACGAGUGUCCAGUUGGCUUCGACGAGUCAGAGUACUACAUAAAACUCUUAUCUCCGCAAAAUCCCGAAACAUCCCCGACAAAUCCCAAUUGCAAGGACACUGCAGCCAGAGAACUUAUCGAUAAGAUAUGUGGAGAAUUCUCGCGAUCUUCUCCCACGAGAAUUCCAGAAAUCACGAACAACAGGCAACUCGAGAUCGAGCCGCAGAGAAAGGCUGGAUUUAUAAGGCAAUUUUUUUGGUUGACGUGGCGGAUAUGGAUUCAGAAUCGAAGAACUGUUUGCGAAGGUUGGAUCUCCUGGCUUUCUUAUUUCCUCUCCAUGGCGGCGGUGGCCACUUUUUACACGGGAAUUAAUCCAGGAACGCAGGAGGGCGUGCAGAACGCGAGGGGCGCGUUGUACAUGAUGAGCUCUGAAAUUUCGUUCACGGUCGCCUACUCGGUGAUUUACGAAUUCCCGGGCCAGCUUUUGAUUUAUCUACGGGAGGACGGCGUUUAUGGCAGCGGGCCCUAUUACGUCGCCACGUUCCUCGGACUGAUUCCGAAGGCUGUUCUGAAAGCGGUGAUCUUCACAGCAGUCAUAUACUUCAUCCUAAUCGCUAGAUUCGAUUUUGUGAAUUUUCUAUUCUACUGUUUAACUACGUCAGCAGCUGCAAUUUGUGGCACAGCGUAUGGUUUAAUGUUCUGCAGUUGGAUCGACGAUAUUGACAUGGCUACAUCCAUAAUGGUGCCCAUUGACAUGCUGUUUCUACUGACUGCUGGAAUGUUUUACAGUCUCAGGUCACUGCCCACGUACCUGACGUGUUUUAAAUAUUUCUCGAUAUUCUUCUACCUGAACGAAGCUCUUUCCAUAAUUUAUUGGUCACGAGUAGACGACAUCGACUGUCAGUCGUCCAGCGAUCUGCCCUGCUUACGAAAUGGAGUGCAAGUUCUCUCGGAAUACGGAUUCGAGGAGACAAAUUUCGCCUGGGACAUGAGCGGCCUCGCUGCUCUGACGCUUACUAUGAGCCUCGCUGGAUAUUUCGGUGUACGAAGGAGGAGAAAAAUCAACGCUACGUUAUAA